AUGGCGUCCUUGCCAACCGAUAUGGUUUGUCAAAGUUUCAUCUUCUUUUCCCGAAUCUGUGACUUCAUUUAUUAACAAAAGACGGUUUUUGCAUGAUGGCAAACACGAGGCCACAAAAACUAUCAACAAAUAAGUCAGGAAGCAAUUCGUCAAGUGUGGCUCUUGCUGCUGUAGCUCUUCAAGACCAUAUGACUCGCUCCCUUUCCCUCCAAGAUCCAUUCAAGAAAAAGAAAAUCAACCAUAGUUUACCAACUGCAUCCAAAAAGAGGACAACCAAGGCCGUUGUAAACCGUGAUGCCAAAGACGAUCAGGACAAGAAAGAGUACGUUCUCGAUCCUAAACCACCACCCCUUACCCUAGCUCAGAAACUUGGCCUUGUUGAGGCUCCAGGACUUCUUCUGACAGACAAAGAAUGGAAAGAGGUUAAGAAGAAAUCCAAUGAAAGACAGGAUUCUAGUCAGCCAUGUGUAAUCUGCAAAGAAGACUUUGGUUUACAACAGCAGGUUUUGUUGUCAUGCAGUCAUGUUUUUCAUAGGACUUGUCUUGAAGCAUUUGAAAAGUUUUCUGGGCGCAAAUCUUGUCCCAUGUGUAGAAAAGAACAGUACCAAAGAAGGAUUAUCCAUGAAGGUGCCAAGGAGUACAGAGAGAAAUGUGCAACAAAGAUACAGUCUGCCUGGCGUGGCUACAUUGUGCGGCAGUGGUACAAGAGGUUAAGGCAAACAGUGCCACCAAAAGACCCCAAACUUAGAAAGAAGUUUUACGAAAACAAGUUUCAAGAUAUCACCGACCGUCUCCUUCAAUCAAUGGAAGCUAGUAACCAGAGUGUUGAUAAUCUGUUGUUGGAGAUCGACCAAUCCAUAGCCGCUAGUCGUGACACGAUGAGACAAUUGAACGAAAACAGUGAAGACACAUCAACCGAGACAGACUGGGAUCAAGUCCAACUUCAAGCCGUUCAGAGAAGUGUCACUGACUGUCCGAUCUGUAUCAUGCCACUCACUGACCAAGGACUGUACCGGAAAAACCCUUCAUCACGGCCCACUGUUCUUCUGUCUUGUUCACACGUGUUCCAUGCCACAUGUCUGCAGGCUUUUGAAGAAUUUUCCUUUGAAAAACGCCGCGUGUGUCCUGUUUGUCGGUCUUCUUACCACAAGAAGAUAAUGUAGAGGCCAUAAAAAGGAAACUCUUUUACACAGGACGAUCAUAGACUCUAGGAAAUAACUUGUAUAACUUGGAGAGGACGUUUAGAACAAUUUCUCGUAUUAAAUUAUUUUAUAGUAAACGCAGGACUUAAUGUGACUUUUGAAUGGUUCCCCACUAUAAUACCACGCAGUCAAUAAUAAUAAUAAUGAUAAUAAUAAUAAUAAUAAUAAUAAUAAUCUGUCUUUAAUAAAUCAGGAACAACAAACGUGUAACUUUACAAUAUGAGAAAUUAUAAAUAUAACUAAGAAUAUAUGAAAAACUGUAACAUUGUAACAUUAUGAAGUUCCUUAUAGACGGUGAAUUUAAUUGAAGAAGCAUUUGUUCAGGAAACAAUGCUUCAAGAUUCUCAUUGAGUUUCCUUAAACCCCCUCUUCACGAAAAAACUCGGACCAAAAACAAAAAGAAGAGGGGGCAUAUAUCGAAAGUUUAAAGCUUGACGGUGGACGUUACUUGUACUAGAGCAAUAGCCGGGAAUCGAGCCAGUUUUUUUAACUUAAUACUUCCAGUUCUUAGCAUCGUGAGUCUCCUGAGACGGCAGAUAGAAAUAUAUAACUAACGUAAAUGUGCUAAAAUGACUGACCAAUUAAAAGAGUUUGUUCUUCUCGUGCGGAGAAAGACACAGAGAAGUACUGUGCAAAUAAAGAUAAA